GAGCGAGGAGGAGACGGAAGACCCAAGCGGCUGGGCACCAUUGAAUAAAAGCUCUGCAAGUCUGCAAUAAAAAUGGCCUCCAAUAAAACUACAUUGAAAUCCAAAACAUUGAUCUUUAAGUGACAAGAAUUAGUGAAGCCGAAAAGAGUACCAGAAAACAAUCUUCCAUUGAAUCAAAGAAUUUUAGUCCAACGGAGAAUACAGAUGGAGAUGUUCCCCACUUGUAGCCUGCUUGCCUCAUCACCACACAAAAUGGGAAAGAAACAGAAUGGCAAAGGUAAAAAAGUUGAAGAGGCAGAGUCUGAAGAAUUUGUUGUGGAGAAGGUCCUGGACAGGCGUGUUCAAAAUGGAAAGGUGGAAUACUUCUUGAAGUGGAAAGGAUUUACAGAUGCUGACAACACAUGGGAACCUGAAGAGAACUUAGAUUGUCCAGAGCUAAUUGAAGCUUUUCUGAACUCUCAGAAAGCUGGUAAAGAAAAAACAGACGGUGCCAAAAGAAAAUCUUUGUCAGAUAGCGAAUCUGAUGAUAGUAAAUCAAAGAAAAAGCGUGAUUCUGUUGAUAAACCAAGAGGGUUUGCAAGGGGUCUUGAUCCUGAGCGGAUAAUUGGCGCUACGGAUAGCAGUGGAGAGCUUAUGUUCCUCAUGAAAUGGAAAGACUCUGAUGAGGCAGAUCUGGUGCUGGCCAAAGAAGCUAAUGUGAAGUGUCCUCAGAUCGUAAUCGCUUUUUAUGAAGAACGACUAACUUGGCAUUCAUGCCCAGAGGAUGAAGCACAAUAAUUGUUUGCAUUGCUUUUUUUAUAUAUAAGAAUAUUAAAACCUGAAGUUCGAUUUAUUAGCAAUGUGAGAAGCAUACAUUCUAACAAGUUUCGAAUUUGAUAUUUUUUUGAAGUAGUAUGUUUUGCAUCAACAGCAAGUAAAUAAAAGCUUUCUGCAACUUGUUUCAUUUAUCACAAGAGAGCAUUUGAUACUACUACUUCCUCCAUAUUAGGUAAAAGCUUUUAUAAAACAUGGGUGAACUUCCAUAGUUAUUACAGGAUCAUAAUGAAUGUCUAAACAAACUCACAGAUGUUUUGUAGUCUUCUAUACUAUUGAUGUGCAUGUAUCUUCUUUACCCAAACCUAGCCCUUUAAACCUGUAGGGUCAUUCUUUUUAGUAUUUGGAAUCGCUUGGUCUUCAGAAGACUAGGUGAAAACUAACUUUGUAGUAAUUUGAAUGUUAUCAGACUGUAUAUUGUUUACUUUAUUGUAAAUACUGGUGAACAGUGGUCAAUAAAAUAGUUUUAUAUUCUUCCUUUAUACUGA